CCAUUUCCAUAUUGCAUAAGAUACGCACACUAAACCGCAAUUCGCAAAAUAUCUGCAACCUCUUCUCUUUUUAUAUUUUCUGCAUCUAUUUCGUCUUCCUACUUUCUCCUUUGUUCUAUAGUACGAAGUAAUAUAGAUUUAAACACCCCCCUUUUCUCUUGAUUCCCGAAAAACCCAAUACCAAAUCAAUUUCUGUAUUUUUCUCUCUCAUCUUCAAUUCCCAUAAACCCUAAUUCAAAUUCUAUUCCCAGAAACAUGAGUUACAACAAUCACUACGACAACCGCUACAGCGACCCAUCAUCUUACCGCGAACGCCGCAGUGAUUUUAUUGGGCCUCCGCCGGCCCAUGUGGGUGGCCCGGUGGGCGGGGCCCCACCACCCUAUGCACCACCACCUUACGUGGGUUCUGGGUCUAGCGGCUCAGCUCCCUACGUACCACCUUAUGGUGGUUCUAGUGGACCCCAUCUGCCGGGAUCCGGGUACCCCCCUUUUGAGCCUCCGGCUAGCCGGAACUUCGAUGUUGGUCGUGAUAGUAGAGGACCAGCUCCUAGAGGUAGAGGUAGUGUUGGUGGGGGGAGUAGGAGUAGUGAUUUAGGGGGGAGGAGAAGUGAUUAUCAUCAUUCUAAUGGUGGUGAUAGAGGGUUUGAUUCACGAAGAGGUGGCGGUAGAGGAGGAGGUGGAGGUGGAGGUGGAGGAGGGAGAAGUUUCGAUGGGAAUCGAGGUGGCGGGAGAGGGUUUAGUAGUGGGGGUAGGGGAGGAGGGUUUGGUGGUGGGCGAGGCGGGGGGAGAGGCCGAGGUACUGAUAGUUUGGAUUUCCUUUCACUUCCAAAACAAGAGUUUAGAAAUAUGGUUCCGUUUAAGAAGGAUUUCUAUAUUGAGAGUCCAUCAGUGAGAGCUAUGUCUGAGCAAGAGGUGAUGGUGUAUCGAGCUAAGCGUGAUAUUACUGUGGAAGGGUCCGAUGUUCCUAGGCCUAUUCGGUGGUUUCCUGAAGCUGGAUUCCCUGGUUAUUGUCUUGAUGUCAUUGCGAAAUUGGGAUUUACCGAGCCUACACCGAUUCAGUCUCAAGGAUGGCCUAUGGCUUUGAAAGGUAGAGACUUGAUUGGCAUUGCUGAGACUGGCUCUGGGAAGACUUUGGCUUAUUUGCUGCCUGCUCUUGUUCACGUUACUGCUCAGCCGAAACUGGAAUAUGGUGAUGGUCCAAUUGUACUAGUAUUAGCUCCCACUCGAGAAUUGGCUGUGCAAAUACAAGAGGAAGCUCUGAAAUUUGGGUCUCGUGCUAAUGUUAGGAGUACUUGCAUUUAUGGAGGGGCUCCCAAAGGACCACAAAUCCGAGAUCUUAAAAGAGGUGUUGAGAUCGUGAUUGCUACACCUGGUCGAUUGAUAGAUAUGCUGGAAGCUCAACACACCAACUUGAAAAGAGUUACAUAUUUGGUGUUGGAUGAGGCUGAUCGUAUGUUAGAUAUGGGGUUUGAACCUCAGAUCAGGAAUAUUGUCUCCCAGAUCCGGCCUGAUAGACAGACUUUAUAUUGGAGCGCUACAUGGCCGCGGGAGGUAGAAACCCUGGCAAGGCAAUUUCUACGUAAUGCUUACAAGGUCGUUAUUGGAUCUCAAGAUCUGAAGGCUAAUCAUUCUAUCCGACAAGUUAUUGAAGUCAUGACUGAUUUAGAGAAGUACAACAGGUUAAUUGCACUGCUCAAGGAAAUAAUGGAUGGGAGCAAAAUCCUUAUAUUUGUGGAAACAAAAAAAGGAUGUGACCAGGUCACAAGACAGUUGAGAAUGGAUGGGUGGCCUGCUUUGGCCAUCCAUGGUGAUAAAGACCAGUCUGAAAGGGAUUGGGUACUGUCAGAGUUUAAAAGUGGCAGAAGUCCUGUAAUGACUGCUACUGAUGUUGCUGCACGUGGUCUUGAUGUGAAGGACAUAAAAUGUGUGAUAAAUUAUGAUUUUCCAACAAGUCUUGAAGAUUACAUUCACAGGAUAGGGAGAACUGGUCGUGCGGGGGCCAAGGGAAUGGCCUACACAUUUUUCACUCAAUCAAAUGCCAAGUUUACCAGGGAACUCAUGAAGAUCUUGAGAGAAGCAGGGCAGGCUGUCCCUCCAGCUUUGUCUGCAAUGGCCCACUCAGGUGGCUCCAACUUUGGGGGUGGAAAUUUCCGCUCAAGGGGUCGUGGAGGUUUUGGUAACAGGUCACAGAUAUCUGGAUCAAAUACUAUUCCUGUUGGCAGAAGAUGGUAGAGGAACAAGUAAAAUACGAGUAAGAUUUUUUUGCCUAAAUCAUCGUACCUCACAAGUCAACUCGCCCUCAAAUUUGGAUCAACGUUCAUCGGUUGGUUGAAGCACUGGAUGAAGUUUGAUUAUCUUGGAGAAAGGAUAUACAAUUUACAGACAAUAUGAGAGGCCCGAUACUCGUUUUUCCAUUGGGUGGAUCAGUGGAUGCCAAUAUGAUGGACAGCACCUUCGGUGUGUAUCAUAUACCCUAGUUAAAACACAAAGUGAUUGCUGUUAUACUGAUAUCUAUUCCAUAUAUGUUCUCCGGUUAGAAAGUUUUGGGUCAUCCGGUGAUGUAGAAGGUAGCUAGAUACUUCAAAUUGUUGUAGGAGCUUAAUGUAAUACUCGUACACUUGUUUAUUUCGCACUAUCCCAAGUUACUGGUUUUUUGCUGACUAAUUGGGCUUGCUCCGAUGUAUUUCUGAACUCACAGGCUAUCCUAUCGGUGGUGACUGUAGUGCAUUUCUUAGGGAAAUGAGAUUUGCUAUAGCUGUUUAAUGGUGUAUCUGAUGCACGAUUUGUAACAAUUCUAUGAACACACCAACACCAUUUUUUCCAGCUUAUGCUGCUGCUACUACUACUACUACGAAUACUUGUUAAA